GCACGACGCCGCGCGCGGGGGGCGGCGCGACUGGCCGCUGUGGCCCCCGGAGGGCGCGACGGCCGUGACGCGCCGAGGAGCGGGGGCGACCGGGAGCCGGACUCGCCGCUCCGCCUGCGUCGCUGCCUGUGCGCUGGCUGCAGCCCCCAAGGAUGUGAGGGCCCCGAGCGGCGCGGAGCCGGGGCACGGACUAGGCCGCCACUAUGAAGCUGAAGAAGCAGGUGACUGUGUGCGGGGCUGCGAUCUUCUGUGUGGCCGUCUUCUCGCUCUACCUCAUGCUGGACAGAGUGCAGCAUGACCCCGCCCGGCACCAGAACGGAGGCAACUUCCCCCGGAGCCAGAUUUCUGUGCUGCAGAGCCGCAUCGAGCAGCUGGAGCAGCUGCUGGAGGAGAACCACGAGAUCAUCAGCCACAUCAAGGACUCGGUGCUGGAGCUGACUGCCCACGCCGAUGGCUCGCCGGCGCUGCAGCCCUACCCCAUGGCCAACGGCUCCUGGCUGGUGCCGCCUGAGCCACAGCCCAGCUUCCUCUCCAUCUCCCCUCGAGAUUGCCAGUUUGCUCUAGGUGGCCAGGGUCAGAAGCCAGACCUGCAGAUGCUGACGGUGUCGGAGGAGCUGCCCUUCGACAACCUGGACGGGGGCGUGUGGAAGCAGGGCUUCGACAUUUCCUAUAGCCCCCACGACUGGGAUGCUGAAGACCUUCAGGUUUUUGUGGUUCCCCACUCACACAAUGACCCAGGUUGGAUCAAGACCUUUGACAAGUACUAUGCAGAGCAGACGCAGCACAUCCUCAACAGCAUGGUGUCCAAGCUGCAGGAGGACCCGCGGCGCCGCUUCCUCUGGGCCGAGGUCUCCUUCUUCGCCAAGUGGUGGGACAACAUCAGUGCCCAGAAGAAAGCUGCCGUGCGCAGGCCAGUGCCGGGUGGAACUGGAACAAGGGCCCUCAACUCCAGGCUGGUGGGGAACGGGCAGCUGGAGAUCGCGACGGGCGGCUGGGUGAUGCCGGAUGAGGCCAACUCACAUUACUUUGCGCUGAUCGACCAGCUCAUCGAGGGCCACCAGUGGCUGGAGAGGAACCUUGGUGCCACCCCGCGCUCAGGCUGGGCAGUGGACCCCUUUGGCUACAGCUCCACCAUGCCUUACCUGCUGCGCCGUGCCAACCUGACAAGCAUGCUCAUCCAGAGGGUGCACUAUGCCAUCAAGAAGCACUUCGCUGCCACCCACAGCUUGGAGUUUAUGUGGAGGCAGACAUGGGACUCAGACGCCAGCACGGAUAUCUUCUGCCACAUGAUGCCCUUCUACAGCUACGAUGUCCCCCAUACCUGUGGCCCGGACCCCAAGGUCUGCUGCCAGUUUGACUUCAAACGCUUGCCCGGUGGCCGCAUCAAUUGCCCCUGGAAAGUGCCGCCUCGGACUAUCACGGAGGCCAACGUGGCCGAGAGGGCCGCCCUGCUGCUGGACCAGUACCGGAAGAAGUCGCGGCUGUUCCGCAGCAACGUCCUCCUGGUCCCGCUGGGCGACGACUUCCGCUACGACAAGCCCCAGGAGUGGGAUGCGCAGUUCUCCAACUACCAGCGGCUCUUUGACUUCCUCAACAGCAAGCCUGAGCUGCACGUGCAGGCCCAGUUCGGCACCCUCUCUGAGUACUUUGACGCGCUGUACAAGAGGACGGGCGUGGAGCCGGGCGUCCGGCCUCCUGGCUUCCCGGUGCUGAGUGGGGACUUCUUUUCCUACGCUGACCGGGAAGACCACUACUGGACCGGCUACUUCACUUCCCGACCAUUCUACAAGAGCCUGGACCGGGUGCUGGAGGCCCACCUGCGUGGGGCAGAGAUUCUCUACAGCCUGGCUGUGGCCCAUGCCCGCCGCUCUGGGCUGGCCAGUCAGUACCCGCUGUCCAACUUGGCUCUGCUGACAGAGGCCCGGCGCUCGCUGGGGCUGUUCCAGCACCAUGACGCUAUCACGGGCACAGCCAAGGAGGCCGUGGUGGUGGACUACGGGGUCAGGCUGCUGCAUGCCCUGGUGGGUCUGAAGCAGGUCAUCGCCAACGCAGCCCACUUCCUGGUGGUGGCGGACAAGGACACCUACCACUUCGACCCCGAUGCCCCCUUCCUGCAGAUGGACGACAGCCGCUCCAAGCACGACGCCCUGCCUGAACGCACCGUGAUCCAGCUGGACACCUCACCCCGGUCUGUGGUGCUCUUCAACCCCCUGGAGCAGGAGCGGCUCAGUAUGGUGUCCUUGCUGGUCAACCUGCCCCAUGUGCGGGUCUUCUCGGAGGAUGGGCAGCCCCUGGCCGUGCAGGUCGGUGCCCACUGGAAGUCGGCCACCGCCACAGUCCCCAAUGUCUACGAGGUGUCUGUGCCCCUCCGCCUGCCCGCCCUGGGCCUGGGUGUCCUGCAGCUGCAGCCAGGCCUGGAUGGGCAGCGCUCCCUGCCCUCCUCCACGCGCGUCUAUCUCCACGGCCGGCGGCUCUCGGUCAGCAAGCCCGGGGCCUUCCCGCUGCGGGUCCUCGACUCCGGCACCGGAGACUUCUCCCUCAGCAACCGCUACCUGCAGGUCUGGUUCUCAGGCCUAACGGGGCUGCCCAAGAGCAUCCGAAGGGUGGACGAGGAGCAGGAACACUGGCUGAGCAUGGAGCUCCUGGUCUACGGCACCCGUGCGGCCAAGGACAAGAGCGGGGCGUACCUCUUCUUGCCCGAUGGCGAGGCCCAGCCCUACGUCCCCAAGGAGCUGCCCGUGCUGCGCGUCACCGAAGGCCCGUUCUUCUCAGAGGUAGAAACCCACUACGAGCAUGUCCAGCUGCUGUUCCGGCUCCAUAACCUGCCAGGGAUAGAGGGGCUGUCCCUGGACGUGUCGUGCCUGGUGGACAUCCGGGACUACGUGAACAAGGAGCUGGCCCUGCGUGUGCACACGGACAUCAAGAGCCAUGGCACCUUCUUCACGGACCUCAAUGGUUUUCAGGUGCAGCCCCGGCGCUACCUGAGGAAGCUGCCCCUGCAGGCCAACUUCUACCCCAUGCCCACCAUGGCCUACAUCCAGGACGCGCAGAGCCGCUUUACCCUGCAUACGGCCCAGGCCCUGGGCGUCUCCAGCCUCAGUGAUGGCCAGCUGGAGGUGAUCCUGGACCGGCGGCUGAUGCAGGAUGACAACCGGGGCCUUGGCCAAGGACUCAAGGACAACAAGAGGACCCGCAACCACUUCCGCCUCCUGUGGGAACGCCAGGUGGACUCUGGCCGCCAGGUGCCCGAGCUCCUCCCUACCAGCUUCCCGUCCCUCCUCAGCCACCUGACCUCAGUGCACCUCAACACUCCCGUGCUGGCCCUUCCUGUGGCCACGAGGCCGUCGCCAGGCCCGGUCCUGCACUCCUUCCACCCUCUGGCUUCCUCGCUGCCCUGUGACUUCCACCUGCUCAAUUUGCGGGCGCUGCAGGCUGAGGAGGAGGCCUCACCCUCAGCAGAAGCUGCACUCAUCCUCCACCGCAAGGGGUUUGACUGUGGCCUUGAAGCUAAGAAUUUGGGCUUCAACUGUACCACCAGCCAAGGCAAGGUGGCACUGGGGAGCCUCUUCCAGGGCCUGGACGUGACCUUCCUGCAGCCGAGCUCCUUGACCCUGCUCUACCCGCUAGCCUCACCCUCCAACAGCACCGAGGUCCACCUGGAGCCCAUGGAGGUGGCCACGUUCCGCCUGCGCCUGGGCUAGGCUUGGGGCACCGAAAGGCCUGUCCCCAGAGACACCCUGCCCCCAGGUUGGGCUGGCACCUGUCCCAUCUACCUCUCAGCACUGGGGCGAAGAGCCUGCCCCCACCUGUUGCUGCUUCUGCCCGCGUGGGGGCAGCUGGGCUGUCUGGAGGCUCUGGCCAGCCUCCACUCUGGUGAGUGGCCGCCCCCCCAGGGCACAGGCCCCAGCACUGUCCCCUCUCCACUGUGGCAGUGGAGGAGAUGCCUGAAGGGAAGGAGUCACCAGUGGGGCCACUGGACAUGAGCCGGCUCAAGGGCCCCACUGCCUUGCGGGGCCAUGCGCCCUGCUGUUCUGGGCUGCAGAAUAGAUGGAGCCGCUGUGUGUGGGCUCUUCUCUCAGUGCUCCGUGGCUGCGCCUGGCGUCAUGGACAUGGCAGGGAGCAGAACCCCUCUUGGUCUGGGUGCUGAUUUGGGGGUCGGUGGCAAGGGUGGGGGGCUCUCCCUGACCCCGCUGGUUCCUGGGCUCCGCCCCACUGACAUCUGGGGUGUCAGACUUCUCUCCUUAGCACAAGGCCCUGGUGCGUGGUAGUC